GUGAAACAUUUCACCACAGCUGACGCAAAUUACACAAAUUACAUCACAAACAGAAGAGUGAUGUAUUUUAUGCGGUUUCGGAGUAAAACAUUCGACGUGCCCGGCUUUUUUAAAAUUUAUUAAAUUAGAUUCAAGUUGUGUUAUAAAGCAAAAAUGCCAGCUGAGGGACAUCAACCGAUGGACGGGAAAGAAAAGGUCCCAUGCCGGACGUGUACAGAUUUCAAAUCGUGGUCCAAAAUGCAGCGGAAAACUCUGUCCACAACAAGUGCGAAACCUCCCACUUCAGAAGUAUCGCCCCAUACUGCCAGUAGCACCGGUGGACAUGUUCCGGAACCGAGUGCACUCCCGAAACACUGCCCCCUGGAUAAGGAACGCCUUGGGAGACACACAUGGGGCCUGCUGCACACCAUGGCUGCCUACUAUCCGGAUGAUCCUUCGCCACAGGAUCGAACCAACGUUCAGAAGUUCUUCGACGCAUUUGCCAAAGUGUAUCCCUGCGAGUACUGCGCCAAGGAUUUCCAAAAAGAAUUGAAGGAUUCGCCGGAAACCAAGUCCCAGCAUACGUUGUCCCAGUGGCUCUGCCGGAUGCACAACAAGGUCAACGUGAAAAUAGGGAAACCCGAAUUCGACUGUUCCAAGGUGAACGAGCGCUGGAGAGACGCAGCGGAUGGAUCCUGUGAUUGAACUACCUAGAAUAUAGUUACAGCCUUAGUUUAAUUAAUGAUGGUGGGAAAACGAAACCGGUAUAGCAGCACCCAAUCAAAUGGUAUUCAAAAUACAAAUUGUUUUAUGUUACGAA